UCAUGCUGCUGCUAAGGUUCCAGAGUGUCUCAUGGGUCCCUGUACGGCCUCCCAUUGCUGCUGUCUCCAUCGCCACACUCUGCCAUGUGCCACUUUCAGGUCUCCUCACACUGCUGGUGGGUUCCAUUUUGUCAUAGGGUGCUGGCAGAUUACGGGCCCCUCCCAUUGCUGCUGCCAGGCCCGUAAUUGCCAUGGGCCCCCGUACCGACUCCUCAUGCUGCUGCCAGGUCCAGAGUGUCUCAUGGGUCCCUGUACGGCCUCCCAAUUGCUGCUGUCUCCAUCGCCACACUCUGCCAUGUGCCACUUUCAGGUCUCCUCACACUGCUGGUGGGUUCCAUUUUGU